UAAAUCCAUAACAACACAAAGCAGAAGGAGUGAACAUCCAAGAUGGCGACGAGACGACCGGACAGAACUGCCAGUGUUCUUUCCUCUGUGCUUCUCCAAAUUCUGCUCUACGCCUCUGCAUUCUACAGCUUCUUCUACUUCCUUUCCAGCCUCUGUAUGAUCAUCUACAAAAGUCAGGUGCUAAGUUACCCUGACAGUUAUUUGGCGCUAGAUGUGUGCUUGCUCCUGCUGAUGGCUGCUUUCGAGAUCUUGAGAGUCUACUGGGGAGUGAGAGGCAACCUGCAGGAGAGCGAGAGAUAUGUAGGUGCAAGUCUGCUCAUCACAGGAGCCACACUUCUGCUCUCAGUGUACUUCCUGGUGUGGCAGUCAUAUGUGCUGAGAGCUGAUGUCAUCAUUAACGCCAUCCUGCUCUGUGUCUAUGGCCUCUCUGCAGUUGCCGGCUUUGGAGCCCUUGCACGCUUCACCAGCGUUUACUCAUGACACACAAGGGUCUUGUCCUGAUGGUAUAAAUCCACGUCUACAGCUGCACUUCACUUGACGUAUGGACUACAUGUUCCAUAAUGCAUCAGUGCAGAUCCUCUGUCUCAGCAAAAGCACUGGCUUGAAGUAGGAUAAGAGAAAUUAAAACUGACAAAAUGCAGUUACCUACAUUUUUCUACAUUUUGCAACCACACUGAAUAGGAAAUAGACAUUAACAAAAUCAGUCUGGUUAUUUGUAUUUUUUGUAGAAUUUUACAAAUGUGGCAAGAGGUUAGGAAA